AUGUCUAAAGCACAAUACCGAGAUCAUGAGGAUCCCAUCCCCUCAUACGAAGAAAGUGUCCGAUCAUCCACCACACAGAACCCACCCUACAACAUGAGAUCGGACAUAGCGGCACCACUCCAUCGCCAUCUAGAUGCAAGUCGAGUCCAGCGCGUUCAUUCUCUCCUCGAGCAGUAUGUCGAUCCACUCCUGGCUGAGCAGGCUUCCUCAGGGCUAUACAGGACCACGUUCAUUUUCAUUCCCUCCAAUGUUACGUCCCUACAGCCCAGAGAAAAGACUAGCUACUCGGCUCCCAGAACGCCAGAGCCCGUUGGAUUUCCUACUUCCACGGUAGUGAAGCUUGUUCAACUGGAGGGCGAGGCCCAUACGAUGGAGUUCUGGAGGCAGCCGGCCGUGUUGCGGGAAUUGGAGUCUUCGCUUCGGGCUAGGCUUGCGGCGAGUGGUCAUCAUGUUGAGGGGGGGGAUGAGGUCCCCACAUCUACUAAAGAGACUAAAUCGCUCAAGUCGAAUGAAGAUAGUAAGCCUAAACAGAAAAGGUCGUUCUGGAGUAGGAUCACGGGAACCUCGGAGGCUGUUAUUGUGGACCGGAAGCUGGGCUGGCGCGCUGAACAAGAAGAGACGGCCGGUCGCAAAUUGGGCAGGGACCAGGUCAGAGUUGUUGUCGAGUGGAAGGAGGUUUGUCUGCGCGUGGAGAAUGACCUGGGUCUAUAUGAUAAUUGUAAUGCUCCGGGGAUUUGUCUCUCUGUGGAGGUUGGGGAAUAG